CGUGCUAAAAAGAAACCCCAAAUUCCUCUCCUUCUUUCCCCCUCUGCCCUCUUUACACAGGUAUAUUAACCUUUCAUCAGAUGAUAAUAAACACUAAUUAAACAAAUCUUUGGAUAUCAAAAAGAAAUGGAGGCUAAAGACGAGAAUAAGGGCAGUAUAAGUAUGGUUGAGGCUAACCUGCCUCCUGGGUUUAGAUUCCACCCGAGAGACGACGAGCUUGUCUGCGACUACUUAAUGAAAAGAACCGUUCGCAGCCUCUAUCAACCAGUUGUCUUGAUCGAAGUCGAUCUCAACAAGUGCGAGCCUUGGGACAUUCCUCGAAUGGCAAGAGUGGGAGGAAAAGAUUGGUAUUUUUACAGCCAAAAAGAUCGGAAAUAUGCAACGGGGCAAAGAACAAACCGGGCUACGGCCACUGGUUAUUGGAAGGCCACCGGUAAAGAUAGAGCAAUCCAAAGAAAUGGUAGCCUUGUGGGCAUGAGAAAGACACUAGUGUUUUACCGAGGUCGAGCCCCCAAAGGUCGUAAAACCGAGUGGGUCAUGCACGAGUUUCGUCUCCAAGGAACACUACUUCACCACUCUCCUAAUUCUCUUAAGGAAGAGUGGGUAUUGUGUAGAGUUUUCCACAAGAACAACAAUGAAGUCGACAGAGACAACAACAUGAGAAGCUGCUCUGAUGAAACAGCCUCUGCAUCAAUGGACUCUUACAUCAACUUCGAUCAUCAUCAAAUCAUCAAUCAGCAAGUGCCCUGCUUCUCCAAUUUGUCACAGAACCAAACCAACCAAUCCGGUUUGGUCUCCAAGAAUCCCAACCCGUUCUUUAAUCCUUCCUCUGAACAGAUGGUUCUCAGAGCUUUGCUGAGUCAGCUCACCAAGAGCGUCGAAAAAUCGCAGAGUCAUGGAGAAGGAAGCUCAGAGAGCCAAUUAACCGACAUUGGCAACCAAAGCCAUGCUUGGAAUUAUUGAUCAUUACCAGAAAUCUAUAAUUAUGCAUAUGAAUCAUAUACAAUAUUCAUGAUUGGAAACAUUUAUUGAUCACCGCUCUUGUUUAAAACUGUUAUGCCAUUAUGGAUUCUA